UAACAUUCUUUAGUCGCUUCUCGUUAAUUGUAUUUAAUUUCCCUAUAAAUUCACUUGAAAAUGUUUUGGAAAAUUCGAACCAGUUCAUACUUUAAGUUGUGUAUUUUUAUCAGUAAAGAUUAUUAUGGCUGGACUUAUCUAAAGGCGAUUAAUAUGCAAUAAGCACAUUGAUUCAUUCUCUACUGUGUAGUUUUGGCUCAACAACCCUAAAAAUAAAAAGCUUAUAUUAUUGUUGUCACAAGCAAAUAGACCUGUUUUAAUCGCAUUAAUAGAAAAUUAUUCUGUAAUGACUUUGAAUUUCUUAUAGUUCAGUACGAAUAGAAAAGUGAGUGAAAUAUAAUUCACGAAAAUCAAAUCAAUUUCAUUUGAAGAAAUAUAAAAAAAGACAACCACUUCUUGAAUGGUACACACUACGUUCGAUGGUUCAUGAUGUCAUCCUCCUUUUGACAAACGAACAUUGGACAAAAAAGUUCGAACCUGGCUUUAAAUAAUGUGGAGAAUUAACAAACACAAAUGGAUAUCCACGAAGAACCAAUUUUAUGACUUCCUGACAAAUAAAUAAAUCAAAAAUGAAUGUUAAACCUACCCAAUCAAAAAUAGAACUGUCAAAUUCAUCUGAAACAACUGAUAGAAAUGAAUUCUCAAAUUCAAAUAUUAUAGCAUUAUGGGAGAUGCCAUGGCAAAAAGCAAUUAUUGUAUCAAUUUUCAUGCUUCUAGUAUUUAUAACGGUUGUUGGAAAUACAUUGGUUAUUCUGUCAGUAUUGACUACGAAGAGAUUAAGGACAGUUACAAACUGCUAUGUUACGAACCUAGCUGUUACUGACUGGCUAGUGGGUACAUGUGUGAUGCCACCAUCUAUUUUAUUUUAUAUUGUUGGGAGCUGGAGAUUUGGCUGGAUACUUUGUAAUAUUUGGAUAUCUCUAGACAUUUUGUUAUGUACUGCUUCUAUCUUAAGUCUGUGUGCCAUAAGUCUCGAUAGAUAUCUUGCAGUUAUUCAGCCACUCAAGUAUUCCAAAAGAAGAAGAUCGAAGAGAUUAGCUUUGCUAAUGAUAUUAGUGGUUUGGGUGGUUGCAUUUUUAAUAACAUGUCCCCCUAUUUUUGGAUGGUACAAACCGGAUGGAAGAAAUAAGCACCAUGUGGAAUGUCGAUAUAAUCAAAACAAAGGAUAUGUUAUUUUUUCAGCUAUGGGUUCGUUUUUCAUUCCCUUGGGUGUUAUGCUUUACGUAUACCUGAGAAUAGGGUUCGUUUUAACAUCUCGUCAGCAAAGAAUGGUUCGGGACGCAGUUUCCGAAAAAUCUACUGAUAACAAAAAUGAACGCACAAAUUUUGUUCAAGACCAUGAACACUGCGACUGCGAAAGUAAUUACUCUGUACCUGUUCGGUCAUCCUUGUUAAUGGAGUCAAAAACUUACAACCCAAACAAAGCUGAUUCACUUGAGGAAGUUACUUUUUAUGACCCCGUGACCCUUCCAAAAAUUUCAUCAGCCAAAAGGUGCUCGGCAAUAAGUUGUGGAAAAAGUUCUACUACUCAGUCUAACGUUAAUUUUGCAGAAACCUCUAAAACAUAUUCAGAGUCUUGCCUAUCAAAAAUUGAAGAAGAUUAUGCAAAAAAUAGAAAUUCAAAUAAUUUUCGCAUGUCUCAGACCCCUUCAUUACGUGUUCCAAUGAGGGUCUCAACUAACAGAAAAGAGACGAAAACUACAAAAACAUUAACUACAGUAAUGGGUGGAUUUAUUGCAUGUUGGCUUCCAUUUUUUUGUUAUUAUUUAUUAAUACCAUUUCUGCCACCAAAAGCUGUAUCAGAAGGACUAAUGUAUUUUUUUACAUGGGUUGGAUGGAUAAAUUGUGCCAUCAAUCCAUUUAUUUAUGCUUUUUACAAUCCAGAGUUUUGUACUGCUUUUUGGCGUUUAACUUUUCAUAACAUAGUCAAAAAACGAUCUAAAAUUCGAACAAAUAUCAAUGGUUAAAAUAAAAGUGUACCUAUGUGAUGUGAAUCUUUUGUUUGUAGAAUUGAGUAGUAGAGUAAGUAUGAACCAAUUUAAAAUGGUACUUAGUAGUGUCCUUAGUAGUGUAUAUUUUACAUGUUCUUGUAAAAAAAAAAUUGAAAAGCUAAAAAAUUUUUUUUUGUGCACAAAUAGUCUUCUUAUCUAUUUUUAAGUAUUUCUUGUAUUAAAAAAUGAAAAAAAUUUCAAAUUAUUUACAUUAAAUCUGGAACUUACUUAAGAAUUGAUUAAUCGUUCCUUAUAUUUUUACCGUAUAUACAUUAUACAAUGGCUUUUUUAUGAAAAAUAAAAUAAAGAAAAUUU